AUGGAGUCCCUCAAAGCUGUUUUUUUUAAGCCGGACCCCGCAGCCCAGAUGAGAAAAUGUAACGCCCUAAUCCGCGGUAAUGCUCGCAAAUUGGACCGUGAUAUUGCGCAACUCAAAGCGCUUGAUAAUAAAACCAGGCAGUUCAUCGUUGCGGCUUCCCGCAGAGCUCAGAAGAACCCGUCUCAAGCCGCCCAAGCCGCCCAAGAAACAAGGAUAUUUGCAAAAGAAUUGAUUAGGGUUCGAAAGCAAAGUGCUCGCCUAACCACAAGCAAGGCACAGCUCGAGAGCGUGAGGAUGCAAGUCAACGAGGCUUUUGCAGUGCGGAAAAUUGAAGGGAGCCUGAGGACGUCUACCGGGAUUAUGAAGGAUGUUAAUAUGCUGGUUAGGUUGCCACACCUGUCAGAGACCAUGCGGCAGCUCAGUUUGGAGCUGGUCAAAGCCGGCAUCAUCGAGGAGAGUAUAGACGACGCCCUUCCCAAUGACCAGCUACUAGAAGGUGAAGAAGAAGCUGCCGAUGCGGAAGUGGACAGAGUGCUGCAGGAAGUCUUGCAAGGAAAAUUGGCCAAAGUCGAAGGUCCCAAAGCCGAAGAGCCACUGGAAGAACCGGUGGAAGAAGAAUUCGAAGAUCAAGAAGCCACCCUGGAACAGAUGAGAGGGCGCUUGGAAGCUUUGAAAAGCUGA